GGAAAUGAGCAAACUAUAGCUGGUCGAGCGGAUGAUCUUUUUCGUUUUAUGAAGUGGUUGAGUUGCUUUCUGUUUUUCUCCUGUUAUCCUUCUGCACCCUAUAGGAGAAAAAUUAUGGCGAUGGAUCUAUUUCUAGUAAUGCUUAAUGUUUGGUCAGUUGUUCCUUCAAAAGAAAAGUCUUGUGAUACUCUUCUCCUUCCCUAUAACGAAGGAAUUACUUUACCUGAUUCAGUUCUUUUGUUAGUUGGAUCAAUAAUUGAUAGUUGGGAUAGUCUGAGAGAAAGUUCUUUCCGUAUAUUGCUUCACUUUCCAACUCCACUUCCUGGCAUUUCUAGUGAACAUAUGGUGGGAGAAGUAAUCACAUGGGCGAAAAAGUUAGUUUGCAGCUCCCGUGUCCGAGAAAGUGACGCUGGAGCACUAACAUUAAGGCUCGUAUUCAGAAAGUAUGUUUUGGAUUUAGGCUGGAUAGUCAGAGCUUCAGGUGAUGUUGUUUGCUUAGAUUCCGAUUCCGUGCAUAAAUUACCAAAUGUGGGUGCGGAGAUAUUCAGAUCAAACCAUCCAGUGGCAGAGUAUUUGAAAUCCUUAAUUGAUUGGUUGAAUAUCUCUGUAACUGAGGGAGAGAGGAAUCUCGCUGAAGGCUGCAAAAACAGCUUUGUUCAUGGUGUGUUGCUCGCUUUGCGCUAUACUUUUGAAGAGUUGGAUUGGAGUUCAGAUAUCGUGCUCUCUAGUCUCUCAGAGAUAAGAAGUCUACUGGAAAAGCUUUUGGAGCUUGUGAUGCGAAUAACUUCCCUGGCACUCGGCGUGGUUUCAGCAGAUGCCUGGUACCUUCCGGAGGACAUGGACGACAUGGACGAUGAUGAUGCCUUUCUGUUGGAUGUUCCAGAUGAGGCUGAUGCAUCCACGUCAACAUCAGAACAGAUUGUGAUGGUUGGCUGUUGGCUUGCCAUGAAAGAGGUUAGUCUUCUUUUAGGAACAAUCACAAGGAAAGUGCCUUUGCCUGCUGCUUCUGAUUCAGUUGAAUCUGAUCCAAAUGCUUCCAUUAUAUUAAAACACGAUGAAGUACUCGAUUUGAGACAACUUAAAGUGAUUGGAGACCACUUUUUGGAAGUUCUUUUGAAAAUGAAACACAAUGGUGCGAUCGAUAAGACAAGGGCCGGAUUUACUGCUCUUUGCAACCGUUUACUUUGUUCAAAUGACCAAAGACUUUGUAAGUUAACAGAAUCCUGGAUGGAUCAGCUAAUGGAAAGAAUGGCCGCAAAUGGUCAGACAGUCGACGAUUUAUUGAGGAGAAGCGCUGGUAUUCCAGCUGCCUUUAUUGCUCUAUUUCUAGCAGAGCCAGAAGGUUCCCCUAAGAAGCUUCUACCAAGAGCUCUCAAGUGGCUCAUAGAUGUUGCUGAGAGGUUGUUGCAGAAUCCGAUUGAUUCGGACUGUAAAAACAGAAACUUCUCCGAGUUACCAUCCGCAGAGUUAGGCCAAGACACAGAGUCUGUGUUGCCCCAUGAGACUUAUGCAAGUGAAAAAACCUCUAAAAUUCGAGAUGAAGGCGUCAUUCCAACAGUUCAUGCAUUCAAUGUCCUUAGAGCCUCUUUCAAUGAUGCCAACCUAGCAACUGAUACUUCUGGUUUCUCUGCUCAGGCUAUAAUUGUUUCUAUUCGCGCAUUCUCUUCUUCUUACUGGGAGGUGCGUAAUAGUGCUUGCUUGGCAUACACUGCUUUAGUUCGGCGGAUGGUAGGAUUUCUCAAUGUUCACAAACGAGAAUCAGCUCGUCGAGCUUUAACUGGACUUGAAUUUUUUCACAGGUAUCCAGCAUUGCAUCGAUUUCUAUUGGAUGAACUGAAAGUGGCUACUGAUUCUCUUGAUGAUGGCUGUUCUGGAAAUGCAGAAUCCAAUCUAGCAAAAGUUGUGCACCCAAGCUUGUGUCCUGUGUUAAUUCUUCUAUCCAGGCUUAAGCCUUCUACAAUUGUAAGUGAAGCUGGGGAUGACCUGGAUCCAUUUCUCUUCAUGCCGUUCAUCAGGAAGUGCUCGUCUCAAAGCAAUCUACGAAUUCGUGUUCUUGCAUCGAGAGCAUUAACAGGCCUGGUUUCCAAUGAGAACUUACCAUCAGUCAUCCUCAAUAUAGCAUCUGGGUUGCCUGUUGAUGACAACACAAUCAUGGCUCCCGAAUUGAGCACAGUCUUAGAUGUGACUGCAACGACUCAACGUUCUUCGUAUAAUAAGAUCCAUGGAAUCUUGUUGCAGUUGAUUUCUCUUUUGGAUACAAAUUGUAGAAAUCUAGCAGAUAUUUCGAAGAAAAUCCAGAUUCUUAAUGACUUGGUCGAGGUCCUUGGACAUUGCUCUUGGAUGGCUAAGCGUAGACAUUGCUCUUGCCCAAUUCUUGGUACGUCUUUCUUACGAGUCCUUGGGCACAUGCUGAGUAUUGUUAGAACAUGCCCAAGAAGCAAAAGUUUGUAUAUCAUCCGCAACCUGCUUCUGGAUCUAUCUACUGAGUGCUUAGACAUGGAAACCUACCACAAACUGUCAUUUUAUGAUCCAACAUUGGCAGAACUUCGGCAACAAGCAGCUAUUUGCUACUUCAAUUGUGUGCUUCAACCAUUUGAUGAAGAAGAUUAUGCAGCUAUUCAGAAGUCACAAAGAUCUGAGUCUGAUGAAGAUGUGCCAGCCACUCUAAUAAAUUAUCCU